ACAGCACAAUGGGGGCCACAAGGCGGAGAGCAAGUACAACGGCAAAAAUAUUAGAUAUGUGGGCAGCUGCUGGUGUACCUUUCUUUCAUUCACUCUGAAUAAGUCUGGCAGAAUUGAAUGUGGUUUUGUGUGGUUUUUUUUGUUUUUGAACAGUUAAUUUAGUGUGCUCUUGUCUCUCUCUACUCCCGCCUCCAGUGUUUGGUAGAGUCCCGCAAUGUGCAUUGAUUGAAGCGAAGCAUCCGCGUUCCGAUUUCAACCGGCUCCCCAACCGUCAUCGUGUCAGAACUCGGCUCCUCAACCGUCACCAGCAACGCAAUGGCUUCGGCAGACAUCGUCCGUCAAAUGGGUGAAAGUGUUCGUCCACUUUCAUUGUCAGGUCAUGUUGGAUUUGACAGUUUACCAGAUCAACUAGUUAACAAAUCUACUUCCCAGGGAUUUUGCUUUAAUAUUCUUUGUGUUGGAGAAACUGGCAUUGGAAAGUCCACUCUUAUGGAUACCUUGUUUAACACCAGUUUUGAGAAUAGCCAAUCAACACAUUAUGAAAACAGAGUAAAAUUGAAGGCUCAGACAUAUGAACUACAAGAGAGUACUGCUCGCUUAAAGCUAACCAUUGUAAAUUCAGUGGGCUUUGGAGACCAGAUAAAUAAAGAAGACAGCUAUAAACCUAUCAUUGACUACAUUGAUGCACAGUUUGAGGCCUAUCUGCAAGAAGAGUUGAAGAUUAAACGUUCAUUGCACAAUUAUCAUGAUUCCCGUAUCCAUGUCUGUCUGUACUUCAUUUCUCCCACUGGCCAUUCUCUUAAGUCACUAGAUUUAGUGACCAUGAAAAAACUGGAUAGCAAGGUGAACAUCAUUCCAGUUAUUGCAAAGGCAGACACUAUCGCCAAAAAUGAGCUUCAUAAGUUUAAAAUCAAAAUAAUGAGUGAACUGGUCAGCAAUGGGGUACAAAUCUAUCAGUUUCCAAUUGAUGAUGAAACGGUUGCAAAAAUUAAUUCAACCAUGAACGGGCAUCUACCAUUCGCUGUAAUUGGAAGUACAGAGGAAGUGAAAGUUGGGAACAAAAUGGUUAAAGCGCGGCAGUAUCCAUGGGGAGUUGUACAAGUUGAAAAUGAGAACCACAGUGACUUUGUGAAGCUGCGAGAGAUGCUUGUUUGUGUGAACAUGGAAGACUUGAGAGAACAGACCCACACACGGCAUUAUGAGCUGUAUCGUCGCUGCAAGUUAGAAGAGAUGGGAUUCAAAGACACAGAUCCAAAUAACAAGCCAGUCAGCCUUCAAGAAACAUAUGAAGCAAAGAGGAAUGAGUUUCUUGGCGAGCUUCAUAGAAAGGAGGAAGAAAUGAGACAAAUGUUUGUGAUGCGAGUCAAAGAAAAGGAGUCUCAGUUAAAAGAGGCAGAGAGGGAGUUGCAAGAUAAAUUUGAACAGCUAAAGAAAAUGCAUCAGGAAGAGAGAAAGAAAUUGGAUGAAAAAAAAAGUGUCCUGGAUGAAGAGAUGAGUAUAUUCAAUAAGAAGAAGGCUGCAACUGAAUUGCUUCAAGGCCAGGCAUUCCAGACUGCACCACAAAUGAAUCUCAAGAAAGAUAAGGACCGCAAAAACUAUUAAUUUUUUGUUUCCCUGUGUAGUGCUGCACCUCACUUUAUAAGUUCAGCUUUCAUGUAUUGGAACUUUUUUGAAGACAUCACGUAUGAAUGCUAUUCUGAUCAUCAGCUAGAUCACUGCUAUCCAACUACUUGCUGCCAUUUUCCCUCUGGAUUGUUUGGAUGGAUGAAACCAGUGCAUUAAACCAUGUAUGAAUCAUCUAGUUUGUGUCGAAUGCACUGCCUGCAUAGCUGUAUAAUAAGCCAUUUAUUUAAAACAACAAGGGUGCUAAUCCUGGUUACACAAGACUUGCCUAAUUAUUAAGUGUCUCUUUCAGGGAAAUAUUUGUAUUUAUCACUUGAUUUCAGUUAUAUAUCUCUAUUUUUUGUGAAUGUGCCUGAAAAUUAUGAAAUACUAAGUUUUUUAUUAAUGCGUACAUUGAAAACUUUUUAUAUUCUGCAUUUUUUUUCAGAGAUUUUCUCUAAGCUUUGUUAUUGAAUUAAGCUGGUACUAUGGCAAGUUUCUUAACCCCAAGAAGGGAGGAACAUUUUGACAUUUAUAUGUACUUGAGCAUGCACAAUCGAGUAAUGUUCUUUGUACGCCAAAGUAUGUGUGUGCACAUGUUGCACUUCAGUAGGUUAGAGAAAGCUCUCAAUUUUAUCAGGUUUCCUUAAGACCAAUUUAAUGUUACCAGGUGAUUUAAAAAAACGACAAUGAUCUACCAUGUAAAUGCUAGAUAUGUUAUCUCUUGAGAGCAAAUUGAUGGUGCAUGUACUUUUCUUCUUAAAUUCUCAAACUAUUCUUACCCAUAGCACAGUUGUUUUGCCAGUGGUGGUGGAACUUCAUGUGUUAUCAUUAAUGGAGUCAAUUGUGGAUAUUAUUUGUGUGAAGUGGAUUUGCAUUUUCAAAUACAGCUGGAAGAUGCCCACUGGCAAAAUGGAUGAAUAGGAAAGAGCACAUGUGCUCAGUGCUAGUGCAGAUGCCGUAAUUAAAUAAUAGCAUUAUGAUGAAAUGCUGACUCGUUUGAGGUGGACUGAAUUUUAACAUAGUAAGUUUGUAUUAAUAUCACGUAUCUAAUUAUCAUUUAUAGUUGAGAUGAAAUUUUGACCAAUAAUGUUUAAAACUUAAGAUUUCUUAACUUUUGGUAGAUGUAUAAGAAAUGUAUAUUGCAUAAUAUAAUUGCAACAGUAUAACCUUUCUUGUAUUUUAGAGAUCUUUGCAUUUCUGAUUCAGAGCUUGCAGCAACCUGUAGUUGCUGUGACGAGAUAUUGGUGUGCUAUUGAAUACAGAUGUUUUUUUCAGAAUAACACUCCAUUAUUAGCAUUGUUACCUCUAACUAUACAACUUAACAUAAACGCAGCUCCCAAAAAUUCACACACCAUUGUGGCAUUUAGCAUUGCUAUGAUAGUGUAUAGAAUACAUCGGCUUUUGGACCUAAUGUUCAAGUCAAGCCAAAUUAUGUGCUUUUCUACCUUUGGAGGUGGUAUUUUGAUCUGUCAGGGUCUCCUUUUCCCAAACACGUACCUAUUGUAUUGCUGUUGGCUAUGCUUCACUGACUUUAGAAGAAAGUCUUACACAAAACACUUUGGUUUCAGCCUGUGUUUCAUCAGUAAUAUAAUUACUUUACCAAUUAAACUUGUCGUUGAAAAAAUAUGUGGAUGCUUGGUUAUUCGUAUUAAUGUCAAAUCUUUAAAUGAAAAUUGUGGCUUCUCCCCAUGACUUGGUAGACAAUUGUACUACAUGGCAUAUUAAGCAUUCAUAAAAUGGUAACUCUAAUUUCAUUCCCUAGUUUAUGUUGAGGUUACUGCUUUCAGAUGGCUGCCAGCAGAAAGGGAGGUGGUGUACAAUUGGCUUCAGUGCCCAAAGUCUGGGAAAAGCAAACAAAAAGGGUGUGGAGGUUGCUAUUGAUUUGAACCUGAAAUGGUGGCUAGUGAAUGGGUUAGAAUUGACUGAGGGUACAAAGUCUGUUGCAGGGUACAAAGACAGUAACAUCAGUCUUUCCAGUAUUUAACUGGAGAAAACUGGUUCAUCCAAUACUGACAAUCUGACAACACAUGAAGGCAGUGUGGCAGGGGGUGGUGGUAGUGGUCAAGAAAAGUUGGGCAAAAUUAGAGCUUGGUGUUAUUUGUGUACUUGUGGACACAAAUUUUAUAGCCCCCUGAAGGUGGGACGGCAGGCAGGGUGAGGGGAGGAGCAGUAGAAUUGGAUGCGAUGUCAACAGUACCAUCCUCAUGGUCUACCUGCCCCAGCCCCUGUCCAUGGUGUUUAAUGAGUAAUAUGUUUUGACAGUUUCUCUUCGUGCCUGGAGUCCGCCAAAGACCUCUCUUGUUUCUCAUUUGCUUGCUGCCCCUCUGCGAAUCGUUCAGACAUGCAACAAGAAUC